AUGCCCCAACAGCUCGUGUCAUCAGAAGAAUUUCUGACUAAACUAGAAGCAUGCUUCUCCGGUCCUUCAUCUUCGAAUUCAGUUUGGUUAACUCAUAAACGACUGACUUACUCUCCUGAUGGAGAUGUACAGAUGAACGACGAGAGCGAGUCGACUGAAGACGGUGGACCAGAAUAUGAACUUUUGAUAAGAUGUACUCAAGGGGAUAACAAAUUCUCAGCUAAAAUCCCAGCUAGUUCCCUCUCGUCAUUCCAUUCAACUUACGGAUCCCUAUUGAAAUCGUCAUUCGCGCCGCAUAUGCGUAAACGAGAUAAGAAAAAGGAGAAAUCUCGCGCUGAGGUUCUGGCGAAGAAGAGGAAAGAAGUAUAUGUGGAUGUAACCGUUGGAGAAGGAGGAAAGAGAGGGAAAGGCAGAAGACAAAGACAACGUAAAAUCAAAGCACAAAAGAAGAAGGAAACGGAGAGGGAACGAAUAGAGUCUCAAUCUAGUGGUACGAAAAAGACUGGAGAGGCAUAA